UGCAAGAGUUGUAAUUGCCUUUUUUCAAUCUGUAAGUACACACAAAAAUAAAAAGUCCAGUUUAACCCGGAACACUAAUUUUAGGUUGUUUAUUUUAUACUACUUCUAUUAAUAUGUUUUCUGUCAUCGCUCCUACAUUUAACAGAUAAUGAGUCUCAAGAAGAAACAUUCAAUUCGCAAUGUACGCAUUUGAAAAGUAUAUUGUUUUGGCAAGUGGAGUUUUCCUCAUUGCUCCAUUUACUCUCUCUAAUGUAUUAAUUCUAGGAAUAUUUCAUAAAAAUGUUAGGAUUAUAUAUAUAUGGGUUAAAAUUAAUUUAGGCACAAAUUCUGUUUUGGUCGGAUGUAUGCUUGCAGCCGGAAUUUAUAUUAUUGUAGAAGGAACACUCUAUGUCGGUUGCAGCCUUGUGGGAGUGUCACUGAUUCUUGCAGGUUUUGCGGGUUAUUUCACAUACAUGGGCCUGAAAAUCAUAGAGGAGAUUCGUACAAUGGAAAAUAGCGAAAGGGAUGAGACCGUGAACUCAAGUUCAAGUGACACAAGUACCGAAAGUGCAUGAUCAUACUGUAAAAAUUAAAAUGCGAUUUUUGAGUAUCAAUCAUAAUUUUAAUAAUAGUAAUACGAAUAAAAUAAGCAGAGAAUUCAGAAAUCAUUUUGAUUGAUAAGCUUAGAUAAAUAAUUUUA